AUGGAGUUUCCUUCCUACUCAAAGUGUGAUGUUGAACGCGUACAGGGAACUCCGAAGCAAGGCCACCCAAGGGCCGAGCAGUGGGAGCGGCAACUUCCUUCUCAGCUCAGCGCUCGAGCCAAGGGCCGUCGCAAAUUACACAAAGUGGCCGCAGGCGAGCGGCGCGCGCUGCGCCAGGACGACCAGGACAGCCGCCGCGCGUCGUCGCGCGGGCUCAUCCCGCGCGCCAAGAUCAAGACGGUCAAGAUGACCUUCGUCAUCGUGUUCGUGUUCAUCCUGUGCUGGAGCCCCUACUUCGUGUUCGACCUGCUGCAGGUGUACGGCCACGUGCCGUCCACGCAGACCAACAUCGCCGUGGCCACUUUCAUCCAGAGCCUGGCGCCGCUCAACUCGGCCGCCAACCCGCUCAUCUACUGCCUCUUCUCCACGCACAUCUGCCGCACGCUCAGGAAGAUCCCGCCCUUCAGCUGGGUGGCGGCCGGGCUGUCGUUGUGCUUCCCGGCGCUGCGUUCGGGUGACGGGCGCUGCUUGCGCUACGCCACCGGCGACUCCAGCUCCACCGUCACCGAGACGCUCACGCAGCAGUCCUCACGCCGCUCCACCUCGCUGCGCCACACCAUGCAGGUACGCCCCGCCAACGCAGAGCGCACCCCCGCCUGCCUCGCUGCGUCCACCACAACCGUCUCCUUACUCCCAACUGUUUCCCCAAUCGCGGCCCAACCUCAGCACAACCCUCAGCACAACCCCUAG